UUGUUGAUCCACGGUGGUCCAUUCGCCAAAAACCAUGCAUCGACCGACCCACACGUGCCACCCAGUCAGUGGAUCCACCGCCGAGGACGGCCGCCGGUCGUCGGCUCCACACGUGACCGAAACGCGCGCCACUUGCGGAUAUGAUGAUCUGCAACAGCAACACAACCCGGGCGCGCGCCAUCUCUUUCACUCUUGCGGGCCACGCUCCCGACCGUUGCCGCAGCACGUGUUACUCAAGAAGGUCAGGUUUGGUUCGCUCUCUGGAAAUGAACGCUUGGUUCACUUGAAAGUGUGUUGAGCGGAAAGAGUGGGGGUAAUUCAUGAACGGGUUCGCUACCAGAAUGACUUCCCCCACCACCAAGAUUCAUCUAAAACGCUCUCUCCCACUGCUUUAUUUUGGUUGUUGCUUUCCAAAGGACCGCUGAGUGCAACCACCCGCAGGACUCUCUCUCCCGCAGAGAGCGAAAACGUAAACAACGUCGUCGCCUCUCGCUCGCGCCAGUGGGUUUGGCGUUGCUUUGUCCCGUUCUGGCACCCCUCGCGGCCGAUAAACAUCGCGCGUCGUAGUAAACAUUGCCGGCAGCAGCCCACCACCCGACCGGCGAACGGCCAAGAGUGUGUCGUUGGCAUACGUCAUUAAAUCAGUCGGACGUCGUUGUUGCACACGACAAGUCACGUGUGCACCGCUCGCCAAAGAAAAACCGGAAAACCCCGGAGUCCAAGUCCAGCUAGCGAAAACAAAGCAGGCCGCGCGCGCCGAACACAAGUGUUUGACACUUUGCGAAAAAAUUUGCAAGUCUCGAAAAACAAAAGUGAAAGUGAAAACAGUUUACAAGUGACAUAUCGAAUAUAACUAAACAAUGGAUCACCACCAUCAUCAUCACCACGCCACCCCGCUCCACUGGGGUUACUCGACGGUGGCCGGCGGCGUGGUUCCGAUGGCCACAUCGACGCCCAACAGUCAGCACCAACAGCAGCAGCACCACCACCAGCAGCAACAGCUCCAGCAUCAUAACAACAACACGUGGACGCCACCCUCGUCCAAGGGGGGCGAUGGAGUGGGAGUUACCACGCGGGGACUCAAGCGGACACUGUCGGAAUCGCUGUCCGACGACGAGCUGUACUCGGAGGAGUCGUCCAAGGAACACACCUCACCUGGCGGCACGGACAGCUGUCAGCUGCAGAGUCGGAAGCGACGGCGCGGAGUCAUCGAGAAGAAGCGCCGCGACCGGAUCAACUCGUCCCUCACCGAGCUGAAACGGCUCGUCCCCAGCGCGUACGAGAAGCAGGGCUCGGCCAAGCUGGAAAAGGCCGAAAUCCUGCAGCUCACGGUGGACCAUCUGAAGACACUGCACGCUCGAGGCCUUGACGAUGCCAGCUAUGACCCGCAGCGUUUCGCCAUGGAUUACCACAUCAUCGGCUUCCGGGAGUGCGUGGCCGAGGUGGCCCGCUAUCUGGUCACGAUCGAGGGCAUGGACGUGCAGGACCCGCUCCGUCUGCGCCUCAUGUCCCACCUGCAGUGCUUCGCCACCCAGCGUGAGCUGACCACCAAGGCCACCGCCACUAGUCCGGCGUGGUCGCACGGUGGUUCCGCGGCCGGCUCCUACACACCUGCGGCCUACGCUCCGCACGCCGCCACCAGCUACUACCACCAAAAUUACGCUCCCCAAAGUGCGUCCUCCUCGACGGCACCCUACAUUCCACAGGUGGCCACCAUCGCCGGCCACGACCACCUGGCGUACGGCGCAACAGGUUCCACCACCGACCUGUACACGAGCCAGCACGACAACGUCCAACAGCAGCAGCAACAGUCCCAGUCCACCGGAAGUGGCAACUCGUCCGGCGAGCAGCGCACCUACACCGACAUCUCAAACUCGCUGCACCCGCCAAACCGGCCCGACGUCGGCUACGGCAACCCGCAGUAUCCGGUGAGCAGCUCGACCCACGGGUACAGCGCUGCCGCUGCUGCGGCGGCCGCGGCCAACUACAACAACAACAACUCCUCCAAGCCGUACCGGCCUUGGGGUGCCGAAAUGGCCUGCUAAAAUUGUCCCCCCUCCCCCUCAAUAAAAAAAAAUCUUUCCCAUACCGGGAAUCGAACCCGGGCCUUCUGGGUGAAAGCCAGAUAUCCUAGCCACUAGACCAUAUGGGAUGAGGAUGCUGGUGACUGUAAAUUUACCAAAUUAACGAAAUGAUAGAUCACAAAUGCCUUUAUCCCGCGCGCGGGAAAAGCCAUUCGCCAAAGUCGUAUUUCAACUGUAAACAAGCUUUAAAACGUAAACAAGAUUAUCAAUCAAUCCAAAAAGGAAAUCAACAAACGGACAUCACAUGUGUACAGGAUCUUUUUAAACGUACGAUUUCACGCGAGAACCAUGUCAGGGCUAUUUAUUUUUAAAAUAAUUGAUUGAAAUCAAUAUAGGGCAUGCCGAAACAGGAGAACCAGAAUUUUAUAUAUAUAUUUAUAUGGAUACCAAAAACAAAGAAAGAGGAGAGAGAAUCCUGCUGUGGCAGGAGAUAGCUUUAAGGUGGCAACUAAUCGAGUCAAUUAGAGAUUAAGGUGAGAGUGUAGAAUUCCUAUGAGAGUGUGAAAAAAAGAUGAGGAGAAAGAGAUGUGUAUUAUAGAAUGUAGUGAACGCUGGGAUGUUUCUAUUUUAGUGCGAAACCCAUGUUGUGAUUCAUAUAAGAAGCUUUUUGAAGAGUUUUUUUUUUCCAAUGGAAUAUGUGUAAAACAUUUUAAGGAUUUUACUGAAAGUGAACCAAAAGAAUAAAUUAUAAAAUAUGAA